CUUCGAGAAGUCCACAUGUGAUCAAAUGGGAGACGCAUGGUGUGCCCCGAGGGUGAAUGAACACACACACACACGAGGGUGAAUGAAUGAAGGAAUGGUCCAUGCCACGUUGCUGUGUGGGAGGAUGGCGCCGUCAUGCAAUGUGAGGGACGCCAUGGCCUUGUGGCAUUGCUAACUCACGUUGAGAGAAGAUUGUCACGCCCUUCUCGAAAGCCCGAGACACUAGCGAUUCCCAGAGGGAUUGAGCGGCUACAACCUUGUUUCUGUAGUGUUUUUCCAAACGACUUCUCUGCGAAGAUGCAUCAAUCCUGACAGUGCUAUUCAUGAGGCAAGCGCAAUUGCACCGUGCUUUUUCUUCCAGAAGGCCUGAAAGAGCGGUAGCCUAAAGAGAUUGGCAAGGGGGCCUCCCAAGCAAGCAUGCGGACACUCUCCAAGCACAAGGUUGACGUAAGGGCCCUGUUCCAGCUCCUCUGACCCUACCGCUCAAGGGGCAGCGAGUGGAUUGGAUGUGAUGCUUCUCAUCUUGAAAGUAGAGUCUCUUAUACGGCUGAGAUAGCCAGCUCCCUGUGAUGGGGAACGACGAGAGACUCGCUGAGGAAACCAGAGCGGAGAGCAACGGGGCUGAAGAGCGGCACAUGCCUUCUCAGAGUGUUGAGCCGGUCCUUUCUGAGAUCGGCAUAGCCGAGAGCAUGCCCGAUGCAGAGAACGCGCAAGACCCCACCCCCUCUGAGUCUGGGAGCAGCCCUCAACGAGACUUGAAAGAGUCGCUGGGGUUGCGUCCGCUGUCCAUUAGCAAGUCGCGUGCAGUUUCAGAUGCCCUCGGACCUGCAGUGUUGGACGCCCUAGGACCUGCAGUUUCGGAUGUCCAAGAGUUUGACUUCUGGAGCAAGCCCGGAAAGCUUCUGGAGCAGGCUGCAGACGGGCAACCUGUGUCGAGUCCGAAGCUGUGGUCUCAUGGGGGAGGGGCUCGGGUCACUGUUGCUUCGCAGGAAGGGGCGGGUGCACUGUCGCCUUCCACCCCGCUCGCGGAUGCGUUUAACCUCCGGGACUCGUAUGUUCUGACUGAGGGGUUUGGGCCGCUCGAGUGUGCUGAGGUCGGGGAGUUUGGAGAGGAGGAGGUGGGGGUUUCUGGGGCCAAUCCUCGGGGGGCGGACGGUAUUGAGCAGUCUGAGAAUGGAGAGGUGGGGAAGGAGGAGAGGGCAAGGAAAGCGGGCGUGGUCCCGAGUGCAGAGCCUGGGGGCGGGAGGAAUGCGGUUGUAGAACUGGAACAGCAGCAAGGGUCACUGUCUGCUGGCGAGAAUGACGCUGUUGUGGGGGAGCAUUGUGAAGAGAUUGGAGCUGGGACGAGUGCCAACAAGGCAGAGAGCACGUCCUGUGCGUUUGUCACAAAGCCUGCAGCAAGCAGCAGCAGCACAUUCGACAGCGCUUUCAGCGUGAGCGGUCCUUCGAGAAAGCCUUCCCACGGUGCGAACGGGCCCUCAUCAGACGGAGUAGACGGGGCCGCAAGAAGAACAGGUGUCAAAAGCGCCGAGGCUCAGGCAGAAGGUUUCAAGCGUGCGGUGCUCGAGCCGCCAGUUGUGCCUAAGGAGAGGGCGAUUGUACGAACGGUGCCUGGACGGCAUUUGAGCGACAGUGCCAGCGUGAGUAGCAGCACGCCGUCUCAGCCAGAAGCGCGGAAGCAUGGGGACAGUAAAUCGACGGCAAGCAGUGCGUCGGACACGACAACAAGAGGGGUUAGGGGUCGGGGUAGCGAGGUCGCCAGCACGAGCGGAAGAACUGGCGCGGACAGUCCGAAGGCAGGACCAGAGCAUCUGAUAAUCACCCCCCCAGUUUCUCGGCCGCUCUACACGGACACGCCGGCAAUGGCAAACGAUGUGGUGUUUGGGGUCUCUACGUUUGGGAAGCUUGGGCGGGCCAACUCGUUUGCGACAGGCUCAAUUAAAGGGGCUACGGUCUUUGCGCCGGAUGGGCUGGGUCAGCGGAAAACCCACUCUGAACCAAAGCGGGUUAGCUUUCAGCUGGGUGCAGCAGAAGGAAAGAAAGUUGGCGGAGGGGUGGUUCCGGGCAGUCCAAGGAGCCCAAAAAGUCCAACGUCCGACAAGCUAAAAGAGGGGGGCCAGAGUGCAGAAGGCAGCAGUAGAGGAGUGGAAAGAGGCGGCAGCGGAUCAAGAGGGCUUGAAGAGAGUCAAAAAAGUCCGCAGGAAAGGCAGAAGGGUGAUCAACAGAGGGGUGGUGCGGAGAGCAAGGACACGGGAUUGAGGCCUGGAGCGAGCAGAAAAGCAGAGGUGGACGUUGAUGUGGACAGGGGGAAGGCGAAGGUGGAUGCUGAUGUGCGGAGGAGCCUGGCAUCAACUUCGGAAGGGGGCAGUCCAAAAGUGAUCGACCGGAGUGCGCUGUUCAAGAAGUGGUUGGAGAAGAACAAGGAGGAGUUGGCGCAGUCUGAAGGAGGCAAAGGUUUGGCGCCCACCCCAAUACUGCAACGCAUUGGAUCCUCCAACGACGUGCUCCCCCCUGCUUCAGCCCGCCACAGCGACGAGCGCUAUCUCAAGCGCACCACCAGCCACUCCGCCAUCGACCCCCCCCCGUUCAAACCCUCCGGGGAGAUCCAAUCUCUCGAGGGGGGUUAUGACAGCCCAACCCCGUCUCCCCGGCGCAAAAGCUCCAGCACUCCCAGCUCGCCCGUCGGAACGCCACCUGGCAAGCAUUCGCGACAGCUGUCAAUCGGCUCGAGCAAGCCCCCCAAAGCACCUAAAUCUCCGCCCACCUCCCCCCUGCCGCCGAAACACCCGCACUCGCCAUCUAGCAAGCCCCGAGACCCCCCUCGGUCUCCCCGGGAAAAGCAGCCCUUUUCUCUGGGCCCGGCAACCAUCGACGCCACCGUCGAUUUGGGUCCCUCCUCGGCUCCGGGGUUUGCGUCCCCCCCCCUCAUAUCCAGAAACCUCGGGCGGCUGCCGCCAGCCCGCAUCCCCAGCCCGAAAACGAACUCCGUCCUUCGAAAGGCAAUGUCGCAGUCCAAGGCGGAGACGUCCAUACCCGUGGGAGCGCUGCUCGUUGACGCGGGUUUACCCGCCGACGCGAAGGAUGCGGUCCCCCAACUGAUUGCACGCAUCAUCAAGGCCACCAGUCAAAACCCCCCUCUCCAAAAACAGGCCGCACUGACUGCCCCUAAAUUAUCCCAAGUUGCCCCCCUCCCACAAAAGGGGGGCAAGAACAGCAGCGGUUCCCAGCCAGAGAACCCCCCCCCUCCGAGCCCCUCGGACACGGCCCCGGUGCCAGAGGACGGCGCGUUUCCCGCCUCGCUGAUGUCACUCUCGCCGCGGGCUCUCCUACGGUCCACGUCACUGCCCAGCUACUUACAAUCAGUACUGCCCACGUCGCUGUUAAAUAGUUUUAGCGCCCAGGUUAGCUUGACUGCCCCCGAGCCAAAACGGCUCACAGCCCCCCCCAACGAAACAUCCCCCAGCCUCGAGGACUCGAUUUUGCUCCUGGGGAAACUGGCUCUCGCCGGCGAGUUCGAACAAGAGCACGGGCGCGCGUUGCUGGCCCAGGCGAAGGGACCGGUCACCGAAAUUCUGUUGAUGGUCCUCGAGCGGGGUUCCCAUGAAGACCGGGAAGCCGCCGCUGGGCUGACACGUGUCCUCACCCUCUUGGAGGAGGGCCGGAAUGCGCUGCUCGAGUCGGACGGGCUGAAGCUGCUGGUGGACGUGCUCUGGUCCGGGACGCCCCGGGGGAAGGUGCAAGCCGCGUCCAGUUUGCGGAACCUCGCGUACAAGUCAACGGGCCAGAAGCGCGCCAUUAUGGCCGCCGGCGCCAUUGGGCCCCUCGUGUCGCUUCUACGUUCCACCACGCAAGGUGCACCAGAGGCGGCCGCGGGGGCGCUGCGAAGCCUAGCUAUGGCCGACGGCAUGGAGGAGAUCAUCGUACAAAACGGCGCCAUUCCACCGCUGGUGCGCCUCCUGCACAACCCCCAGAGCCCCGCCGCCAAGGAGGCCUCGGCCGCCACGCUCCAGAACCUUGCGACCGACGACGCGCACCGCGGGCAGAUCGUGCAGGCGGGGGCGGUCCCCGCUCUCUUCAAAAUGCUUCUGGCGCCAGAGAUCAGCUCUCAGAUGGCGGCGGCCGGCGCGCUGAGAAACCUCGCGGCGGGGGGAGGGGAGUACCAGAAGGCGAUCGGGGAGUCGGGCGCGGUGGGGCCGCUGAUCAAGAUCCUGGGGAAGCGGGGGCCGAACGUUCCGGCGGGGAUGCCGGAGGCCGCUGCUGGUGCGCUUGCAAACCUGGCUCUCUUCGAUGCGAACAAGCCGCUGAUCUCUGGGGAAGGGGGGAUCCCCGCCCUAACUGAGCUGGUCAAGAGCGGCACCCCCCCGGCGCAGCUGGUCGGGAUGGAGGCGCUCAAGAACCUGGCAACAGACGCGGAGAUCAGUCAUUUGAUUGUCCAGGCAAGAGCGGCGCCGUGGCUUGUCCGAAAUUUGAAGUCGUCCGAAAGGAGGCUGCAACGGGCGGCCGUUCGAGUGCUUCACGCCGUGUGCGCUUUCCCGGAGAAUCUGGAAGCGGUCAAAGAGCAAGGGGUGGUGCCAGUAUUGGAGCAAAUCGUCGAGGGGCAGACCGGUCCGGAUCGGGACGACUUCAUCGCCAAGCUCCUUUUACAACUGAAGAGCCCACAAGAAGAGUCCACCGAGGAUCGGCCCCGUAACCCAGACAGGAAGCCUUCGACAGCAGCCGUGGAGAGAGAAUAACAGUUAGGUCGCCCCGACUCCUCUAACACCCAAUCCCCAUAGACGCAUAGGGCACGUGUUGACCACGUUACCAAGGCGGUUAGCGCGCUGUGUUUGCAGCACGAAGCGGUGGCCAGGCUUGUUAACCGAAACUGUAGACGGAGCCGGGACCGCGACACAGCCAGCCACGCAGAUUGUCAAGCUGUAUAGAAGUGAGGACUGCAGGCGUCGUUCGAGUGUAGCGAAUAAGCUUUUAGUGCCGGACGAUGGCGCAAAGCGUGCGAACUAAGUGCAAGUAGGUUUCAGUUUAACGUGCAAUCAUUUGUCAACUCUUGCGAACAUGUUGUUUGGUGCUUUGGGCACUGGCAGGCCGGGAACUUACCAGCGGAUGUAGACAAGCUAGCAC